CCGAGAGAUGCGGAAGUCGAGCGAGGAAAAAAAAUUAAACAGUAAAAGAAGGUGGUUCCGUGAAUCCAGUCCAUACCGACGCUACCAAGAGGAAACACUCGAGUGGUGGUCACGUGUUUGGAGGAGAUGGACCAGGAUCAGAACCAGGAUCAGAUCCAGGACCGGGGUCAGAUCCAGGAUCAGAUCCAGGAUCAGAACCAGGACCAGGACCAGGAGUCCAGCAGGACCAAAGCGGACUCUUCCUCCGCUGGUCUGCAGAAACAUAAAGCCAAAGAGACAAGUUACUGCUGUGAUAGGAAGGAUAAAGUCCUCACCACUUCACCAGGUCUGAAGGUCCAAAAGAGGAUUCAUACUGAAAAGAAGCUGUACACCUGUGAACAGUGUGGGGCAGCUUUUACCACAUCAACUAUUUUAAAGGGUCAUCAGCGUAUCCACACUGGAGAAAAGCCGUACAAAUGUGAUGAGUGUGGGAUAGCUUUUGCCCGACAAUGUAAUCUAAGGUGUCAUCAGCGUAUUCACACUGGAGAGAAACCUUACAGAUGUGAUCAGUGUGGGGCAGCUUUUACCCAACAAGGUCAUCUAAGGAGUCAUCAGCGUAUUCACACUGGAAAUAAGCCUUACAGAUGUGAUCAGUGUGGGGCAGCUUUUACCCAACAAGGUGAUCUAAGGAGUCAUCAGCGUAUUCACACUGGCGAGAAGCCUUACAGAUGUGAUCAGUGUGGGGCAGCUUUUACCCAACAAUGUAAUCUAAGGAGUCAUCAGCGUAUUCACACUGGAGAUAAGCAUUACAAAUGUGAUCAGUGUGGGGAAGCUUUUACCCAACAAGGUAGUCUAAGGAGUCAUCAGCAUAUUCACACUGGACUUAAGCCUUUCAGAUGUGAUCAGUGUGGGGCAGCUUUCACCCGACAAAGUGAUCUAAAGAGUCAUCAGCGUAUUCACACUGGAGAGAAGCCGUACAGAUGUGAUCAGUGUGGUGCAGCUUUUACCCGACAAGGUGAUGUAAGGCGCCAUCAGCGUAUUCACACUGGAUUUAAGCCUUACAGAUGUGAUCAGUGUGAGUCCUCUUUUACCCAACAAUGUGAUCUAAGACGUCAUCAGCGUAUUCACACUGGAGAGAAGCCGUACAGAUGUGAUCAGUGUGGGGCAGCUUUUACCCGACAAGGUGAUCUAAGGCGUCAUCAGCGUAUUCACACUGGAUUUAAGCCUUACAGAUGUGAUCAGUGUGGGGCAGCUUUUACCCAACAAUGUGAUCUAAGGCGUCAUCAGUGUAUUCACACUGGAUAAAAAAUUGCGAUAGCUCAGUUAAAGGAACAAAUUAGACAUGUUGUGUUGUUCUGAGAAAAAAAGAAAUCUGGAGUUUUGUUUUCAGUUUCAACUAAAAAAUGUGUUUAUCCUAAAUUAGAUUUUUCACCAGGUUUAUGUUUCAUGGUUAUGCGUCUUGUUGCCGCCCGCAGCCCGCCCGCAGUCCAUAUUCAGUCCACACUCCACAAAUCUUGUACAAACCUUACAAAUCUUAUUUAGAAAGCUGAGAUUCUUGUGAUUCCAGCAAUAUAAACCAUUUCAGGAUAUAAUCAUAGCAGCUGGUACACAUCGACACGACAAACAAACAAAGAAAGAUUAGCGCAGAUGACGCAACUUACCGGUUGAGACUCAUGGAACAGUCCAGGCAAAAAUAUUCCCUCAAAAAUGCUCUGGUUAGCUUCACAAAGGUCCAUUAGAUCAAAUCCAGUAAAGUAUUUAGUCCAAAAUACCUUUUCUUAUACCAGUAAAUAUCCACAAACAGCCGCUCUUCAUCUCGAGCAUCGUGGUCGGACCGCAUGUUUACAUCUGUAACUCCGUCCUGCACGUUUUCAGACAGGAGACCGCGAUGGUAAAAUGGAGCGUACACUCUACAUUGAUUGACAGCUCAUUCCGCCAUAGAGGAGCAGCCCCUGUCCCCUCCACCGACAACAUAGCGAAUGAGCGCCUGUAUUGGGAAUGACUCGCACGUCCGGCUUUUGUCAUUAGAAAAACUUAGGCAAUUGUAGCAAUCGUCCAGAAGAUGGUGCAAUUCUAUAGCCAGUGAAAUGCUGAAAAGAACGAUAUAGGGUUUGUAUUGUAUGUUAUUGUAUGUAAGAUUUCUGCCCAUGGGACAUAAUUGUUAUAAUAAAAGUCUUUGCAAGACAUAGUCUUACAUGUGUAAAAUACUCAUUUUUUGUGGUAUUGUUAUCAAAUUUGAACUUGCACUAGAUAAGGCUUCAGGCUGUGGUCUCAAUGUGUUUUGCAGCUAAAAGGUCACAGAUUCACUCAUCUGCAGACAUCUGAUUACAAAAGAAAUUUCCCGGCUGAAAUAAAAACCUUCUAUUUCAGUGUGUUCAAACUGAGAUUACUGAAUUAUAGUAGUAGUUACAGUGAUUCUGACCGGGGGAAGGACUUCAGAGUGUUACCUUCCAAAAGAGACCCAAACCUUCUCUGUACUUCAAACGGUUCAAGAAUAGCUUUCAAUUUACAUUGGGUAUGCCUUGGAUAGGUGUUUUGGGCGACUUUUACAGGAGUGGGAACAAGUAAAAAAGUUUCUUGUUUGG